CUGGCGUAACCAUCUCGCGGGCGCCGGAAGUGAACGGUGAGGCGCCGGAAGUAGCCGGGCGAAGGGGCCGCGUGCAGGAGACAGCAACAUGGGACAGUCCGGGCGGUCCCGUCACCAGAAGCGCGCGCGCGCCCAGGCUCACCUCCGCAACCUCGAGGCCUACGCCGCGCAGCCGCACUCUUUCGUGUUCGCUCGGGGCCGCGCGGGUCGUAGCGUCCAGCAGCUCAGCCUGGACUUGCGGCGGGUCAUGGAGCCGCUCACCGCCUCCCGCUUACAGAUACGAAAGAAAAACUCUCUGAAAGAUUGUGUAGCAGUGGCUGGGCCCCUCGGGGUCACACACUUCCUGAUCUUGAGCAAAACGGAAACCAAUAUCUAUUUUAAGCUGAUGCGCCUCCCAGGAGGCCCCACCUUGACCUUCCGGAUCGACAAGUACACGUUGGUGCGUGAUGUGGUCUCCUCACUGCGCCGGCACCGCAUGCAUGAGCAGCAGUUUGCCCACCCGCCUCUCCUGGUGCUCAACAGCUUUGGCCCCCACGGCAUGCAUGUGAAGCUCAUGGCCACCAUGUUCCAGAACCUGUUUCCCUCCAUAAAUGUGCACAAGGUGAACCUGAACACCAUCAAGCGCUGCCUGCUCAUCAGUUACAAGCCCGAGUCCCAGGAGCUGGAUUUCCGCCAUUAUAGCAUCAAAGUGGUCCCUGUGGGUGCAAGUCGUGGGAUGAAGAAGCUUCUCCAGGAGAAGUUCCCCAACAUGAGUCGCUUACAGGACAUCAGUGAGCUUCUGGCCACGGGUGCAGGGCUGUCUGAGAGCGAGGCGGAGCCCGACGGUGAGCACAACAUCACAGAGCUGCCCCAGGCCGUCGCGGGGCGAGGCAACAUGAGGGCCCAGCAGAGCGCCGUGCGGCUCACCGAGAUCGGGCCUCGGAUGACCCUGCAGCUCAUCAAGAUUCAGGAGGGCGUUGGAGCAGGGAACGUGUUGUUCCACAGCUUUGUGCACAAAACGGAGGAGGAGCUGCAGGCCAUCCUGGCUGCCAAGGAGGAAAAGCUGCAGCUCAAGGCACAAAGGCAGGACCAGCAGGCCCAGAACGUCCAGCGCAAGCGGGAGCAGCGAGAGGCCCACAAGAAGAAGAGCCUGGCAGGCAUGAAGCGGGCACGGGCAGAGGCUGAUGGGGACAGUGAUGCAGAGGACCCCGGGGCUCCUCCAGAGGCAGAGGGUGCCAACCAGCGAGAGGAAGAGGAGGAUGAGGCCGAGUAUUUCCGCCAGGCUGUGGGCGAGGAGCCUGACGAGGACAUGUUCCCAAAAGCAGCCACGCGGAGACGGCCUGCUGGGCCCCCCAGCAAGAAGCGACGGUGGGGUCUGGACUUGGGCGCCUCACACUGCCCAGCCAACUUCUCGGCGGCUGCUGACCGCAUCCUCAGUGGCUUCCAGGAAGGCUUCCUGUGGCCCAUACUGGUGGUCACAUUCCUGGUGGCCUUGGCUGGCAACAGCCUAGCUCUGUACCGCUUCUACACCCGGGAGCAGCGCCCGUGGCACCCAGCUGUGAUCUUCUCAGCCCAGCUGGCUGUCAGCGACCUGCUCUACGCGCUGACGCUGCCCCCGCUGGCUGCCUACUACUACCCACCCAAACACUGGCGCUACGGGGAGGCUGCGUGCCGCCUGGAGCGCUUCCUCUUCACCUGCAACCUGCUGGGCAGCAUCAUCUUCGUCACCUGCAUCAGCCUCAACCGCUACCUGGGCGUCGUCCACCCCUUCUUCACCCACAGCCAACUGCGGCCCAAGCACGCCUGGGCCGUCAGCGCCGUGGGCUGGGCGCUGGCAGUCCUGCUGGCGGCACCCACACUCAGCUUCUCCCACCUGAAGAGGCCACCACAGGAAGGCCACUGCACCAUGGCCAGGCCCGAAGCCUGCAUCAAGUGCCUGGGGACAGCAGAUGACAACUGGAUCGAGGCCUACAGAGCUUACAGCCUGGUGCUGGUGGCCUUGGGCGGUGGCCUGCCACUGCUGCUCUCCCUGGUGGCCUAUGGCGCCCUCGGGCGGGCCGUGUGGCGCAGCCACAGCAUGACAGUGGCCAACAAGCUGCAAGUGAUGGUGCUGGUGAGCAGCGGCGUGGCUGUCUACGCCAGCUCCUACAUGCCCUACUAUGUCACACGGGUGCUCAACGUGUACGCCCAGCUGCGCUGGAAAGCCCUCUGCCCAGGCUUUGCCAGCGUGCCCCAGGCCGAGCAGGCGCUGGACUUGAGGACUUACGUGGCCCACCAGGUAGCACGGGGCCUCGUGCCCCUGGCCAUCUGCAUCCACCCACUGCUCUACAUGGCCGUGGCGCCCAGCUUGGGCUGCUGCCACCAACCCUGCUUGGGCUGCAGGCAGGGCCAGACCCCAGAGAACACCGAGUGCUCCGGCCAAGUCCUGCCCCUCAAUGUCCCAGCUGCCUCCAAAGCCUCAGGGCCCCAGUCCCCUGAGUUGAGCCCAUGACCUGGCCCAUCCUCAGCCCCCUCCUCACAAGACCUGGCAGCUGAAUGGAGACAGAGCACAGCUGGCCCCCGGCCCUGAGACCCCAACAGGCCUCAAGCCAACACUUCCUCCCCAAGGAGAGGCCUAUGGUGGGACAAGCAAACACCCAGGCUUGAGUGGCAGGAACUUCUGCCCACAGCACCAACCCAGGCAGGGCCAGGGAGCCGACCCUCGAAGCGGGGAAGGAAAGGAGGGCAAGGCUAGCCUCACCCGCCACAUUGUGGGUGACAUCUGCAAAUAAAUGGAACAGCACAGGGUGA